AUGGAACUUGGAAAAUUCUCCGUGCUGGUUUUGGCCUGCAUUUUGCUCGUUUCGGGCAAUGCAGAUGCCAAAUUCAAACGCGGGGAAAUCUCUACAGAACAGACCUGUCGGAGUAAACUUGAUCGUGUAAAGGAUCUGGACUACAAAAUCAAGUUGACUGGCCUUGAUCCUACUUGUCACGUGAUCACUGAUGACAAAGGUUUCAAAUGGCUUGUUUGUCAAGAUACCAUCACCUUCGAAUCCCGACAGCGACCACAGCACUACUUCGUAACGUUGGCAAAUUGUAGGAGUAAUAGAGAGGGGUUAAGGAACGUCUCGUACACCUUACAUAUGACCAAUGGUAAAGAUGGACUCUGGACGGAAUUUGCGGAGAACCAGAAGUUCAUGAUGGAGACUGACUUGGCCUUCUUUCUUGGAUACGUGGCGAUGACUAUCGUGGCUACUCGAUUUAGAUACGUCUUGUCGCUGAGAAAACUACUGCACCUAACAUAUCGGUUAUUCUACAGCAGUCUGUUCUUCAAGACAGUGUGUCUUCUACUCCUAAACAUCGAUUUAUUGAGGUUUGCCCGGACCGGACUUGAAAUGACUAAGAUUCAAGACGCUGGUAAUUGUAGCUAAUUCAUAUAUAAAGCAAUAUUAUAAGCCUAAAACUGUUCUAUUAAUAACCUCCUUAAAUAACCCAUGUAAUGAGAGGUAACGUUUACUUGAAAUAACUCUAAACAUAAUAUUAUAAAGUGAAUUAUAACUAUAUCAAAUUUUUGCAUGAUUUAUAUCUCUAUUUUAUUUUCAGCUGAGGUUUUCUCGUGGCUGUCUACGGUUUUCUUUGUGUGUGUUCUGCUGCUUGUGUCAAAGGGGUUCUCUAUCACCAGGUAAUUACUAACUCACAGUGAAAAUGUCAACAUAAAUGGAUGUGUUUACCUAAUGAAUGCUUCAAAGACACACGUAAAUUAAGGUUUCAAAUUUGCACCAUAAUAACACACCUUGAAAAGUUGUCAUUCUGCACCUUACGUGAGAAAAUAACCUUAUUUUGUUAUUGUUUUUACCCUGAUUUGCACGUCUGCACCAACAUAACUGCAAAGUUGUAUUGUUUAUACAUCUAAUAAAAGUAUCUGC